UAAGAGCCUUGAGACCCGAGACACUAAAUUCUUUGUCUUGGGUAACUAAAGUUUGCCGUUAAAUAGCUAAACUGAGUGGCAAAAUCCUUCGUGAAUUGAGCCUAGGGAGUACUAUAUAUGAUACCUCUGCUCAUUUGCUCUGCCUCAUCUUCCUCUCUUCUCUGUAACUUUAUCAAAUGGGAAUGAGGAAGAAGAAGCUUUGCUCAAUCUUCAUCCCACCAUUUACAAUACUAGUAGUACUAACUUGUGUAUUCACGUUUUCAUCAGCAGCAGCUGCUAAUUACAGCAUCACUUAUGAUCGACGCUCUUUGAUUAUCAAUGGCCAGAGGAAGCUUCUCAUUUCCGCCUCCAUUCAUUACCCCCGCAGCGUCCCAGCUAUGUGGCCAGGGCUGGUCCAGUUGGCGAAGGAAGGAGGCGUGGACGUCAUUGAAACCUAUGUCUUCUGGAAUGGUCAUGAGCUUUCGCCGAACAAUUACUACUUUGGAGGAAGGUAUGAUCUGGUAAAAUUCUGCAAGAUCGUUCAACAGGCUGGCAUGUAUAUGAUACUACGUAUUGGUCCAUUUGUCGCAGCAGAGUGGAACUUUGGUGGAGUGCCUGUUUGGUUGCAUUAUGUGCCGGGCACUGUUUUCCGAACUGACAAUGAACCUUUCAAGUACUACAUGCAGAAGUUUAUGACAUAUAUAGUGAAUUUGAUGAAGCAAGAAAAGCUUUUUGCAUCGCAGGGAGGGCCUAUCAUCUUAACCCAGGUAGAAAAUGAGUAUGGUUACUAUGAAGCAGCUUAUGGAGAAGGAGGCAAAAGAUAUGCUUUGUGGGCUGCUAGAAUGGCGAAUUCUCAAAAUACGAGUGUACCUUGGAUGAUGUGCCAGCAAUUUGAUGUUCCAGAUCAUGUGAUUGAUACGUGUAAUUCAUUUUACUGUGAUCAAUUCAAACCAAUCUCUCCAAACACGCCCAAAAUUUGGACUGAAAAUUGGCCUGGAUGGUUCAAGACAUUUGGGUCCAGAGAUCCACACAGGCCUGUGGAAGAUGUUGCUUAUUCUGUUGCCCGCUUUUUCCAGAAAGGAGGAAGCUUGCAUAACUAUUACAUGUACCAUGGUGGGACAAACUUUGGCCGGACUUCAGGGGGCCCAUUCAUAACCACUAGUUACGAUUACGAUGCACCCAUUGACGAAUAUGGGCUAGCAAGGCUUCCAAAGUGGGGACAUCUUAAAGAUCUUCAUAAAGCUAUAAAAUUAUGCGAGAAUGUUUUGCUGGGCAGUGAACCAUCAUUGCUGUCACUGGGUCCUUUGCAGGAGGCUGAUGUAUACGAAGACAUGUCUGGAAAUUGUGCUGCAUUCAUUUCCAAUAUGGAUGAUAAAAAUGACAAAACGGUACAGUUCCGAAACAAGUCAUAUUACCUGCCUGCAUGGUCAGUUAGCAUACUGCCAGACUGCAAAAAUGUUGUGUUCAACACUGCAAAGGUUGGAUACCAAACUUCUGUAGUUGAGAUGGUCCCAUCAAACUUUACGUCAUCAACAUUAUCACCAAAUAGGGACUUAAAAGGUGUUACAUGGGAAGUGUACCAGGAGAAAGCCAUGAUAUGGGGCCAAGCUGAUUUCACUAACAAUGGCUUUGUUGAUCACAUUAACACCACUAAAGAUACAACAGACUACCUCUGGUAUACCACAAGUUUCCUUGUUGAUGAAAAUGAAGAUUGCUUGAGAAAUGGAAGCAGUGCAAUGCUUUUAGUUGAAUCCAAGGGUCAUGCACUCCAUGCUUUUGUUAAUGAGAAACUUCAAGCUACUGGUACAGGAAACGGAACAGUAUCCACCUUUAAGUUUAUGAGCCCCAUAAUUCUCAAGGCAGGAAAGAAUGAUAUUGCUAUAUUGAGCAUGACAGUCGGGCUACAAAAUGCAGGACCUUUCUAUGACUGGGUUGGAGCUGGUCCAAGCAGCGUGAAAAUUCUGGGGCUUAAGAAUGGAACUCUAGAUUUGUCUAGAUAUACGUGGGCCCAUAAGAUUGGAUUGCAAGGAGAACAUCUAAAGGUAUACCAGGGAGAUGGUUUGAACAGUUCAAACUGGGUAUCCACUACAGAACCACCAAAAGAACAACCCCUGACAUGGUACAAGAUUGUAGUGGACUCUCCUCCUGGAAAUGAGCCUGUUGGACUUGACGUGCUUCACAUGGGUAAAGGUUUGGCUUGGUUGAAUGGAGAAGAAAUUGGCAGAUACUGGCCUAGGAAAAGCUCUAAACACGAAGAGUGUGUCCUUUACUGCAACUAUAGAGGCAAAUUUAGUCCCAACAAGUGCAGCACUGGAUGUGGAGAACCAACACAAAGAUGGUACCAUAUUCCAAGGUCCUGGUUCAAGCCAUCAGGAAAUGUCUUGGUGAUCUUUGAGGAGAAGGGCGGGGAUCCUACUCAAAUUAGAUUCUUCCAACGAAAAAUUUCAGUUGUCUGUGCUCAUGUUUCAGAGGAUCAUCCUUCAUUUGACCUCAAUUACUUUCAGAAGGCUGGAAAUGAAAACCUCACAAAUAAAGCAACAGUUCAGUUGGUUUGUCCUAUGAAUGCUCGCAUUUCAGCUGUGAAAUUUGCAAGCUUUGGAACACCUACAGGGAAUUGUGGAUCCUAUGCCAAGGGAGACUGUCAUGAUGCUAAUUCAGCUUCAUUCAUCGAAAAGGUUUGCUUGCACAGAAACGACUGUGUUUUGGAAGUCGGGAAAGGAAAUUUUAACACCGGAUUGUGUCCUGGAAGGGCAAAAAGACUUGCUGUUGAAGUAGUUUGUAGCUGAAAUUUCCUAAUCCAGUGACAUUGCUGGAAAUCAGUUACAAAUGAAUUCAUCAAUUGUGCCAUUUCAUGAAGAUGUUUGUGUUGAAGUUGACAGUUUUGCCCAACAAAAAAGUGGCUCUAAUCACUUCUUCUAGCAGUCCAAUUUCUACAAAUUCAGAUGCAAUCAUUUUUCGUUGGUCAAAAAUCGAACACUACUUUUCCAUCGAA